UGUUGUUGUAGUUGUUGCUAGGCUGUUUGACUGUUUAUUCACUGUCGACCAACACAACAACGCCCUCUCUUUCCACUCGCCCACUUUCUCUUCCCAUCUUCUCUCCCAACCACCAAAACCACCCCAUCAACAUGUCCAGUAACAACAGAAACCCCACGCCUGUUCCUCAAACACCCGCGAACUGGCCCCCAAAGCCUCGCAACUCUGGCAACAGCUUCUCUCCACAAAGCCAGCAGAACGUGGUCCCCCCCAAAACACCCUCCUUCGGGCAGACGACCCCUCUCAAGGCCCAACCAGCUGCCCCCGUCCCCCAGCAAGGACAGAAAGCCUGGGUCACACCGCCAACUCCAAGGGAAGACGGGCCCAACAAAAGACCUCGUCUCGAAGGACCUGCCACAUCCACUGCAAUGAUGGCUACUUCCAGCACCGAGCUCACUGCCCAGCCCUCUCCCUCUGCCAGGAUGUCUUUGAUCAGCAGCCUCUAUACGGCGGCAGGAGAAUCAACUCCCAACUACCAAGGUGGACAUACUGAAAUCGUGGGGGAACUCGAUGGCGAGAUCAAGAAUCGCAAGACAAAAAUCGGAGAAAAGGAAAAGAGGAUCCAAGAGCUGGGAUUCAGAAUUCGUGAAGCAAAACUCGAGAUCCAGGAAGAACGUCUUUCCAUCAAAGAGCUCCAGUUUCAGGUCAAGCUACGUGAUAUGGAGAAAACGCUUCGGGAAAGUGCGCAGACAAAGCGUGUCACCAACGGAAAGACAGCUUCUGCUGCGAAUUCCUAGGUCUUUUCCUGUCACGCUAGGUGCCGCAAAACCCGCGAGUGCGAAUAACGACACGUCGGGUGUUGAUUGGUCGAUUGUAUCUAUGGUCAGAUACUGGAUGGGAUUCUUCUGCAUGGAUAGUAAUGUUUUACGAUAUGCAUGCACGGUGAUCAUGUUUAUGCCUAGGGUGGUCAAGCUGUUUAUUUCGAAGCUUUGGCUAGGUUAAAUGAUAAACAUCAAUGCCUUUGUUGAUUAUACUCUAGCUUCCAGCGUCGAAUACUCGAG